AUGAAAAUGGAUCGAGAAGAGCUGACCAAAACCUUUGCCAUCUUCACCGCCGCCAUCCUAGCUCUAGCCUUCACUGUCGGCUGUCUAGCCUGUCUCUGUGCCAAGUAUUGUUGUCGUGGUGGCAAAAGUGAGGACAAAAAACGAAAAUCGCUAGCCAAUGCUCAGUCCAGCUCGUAUAAUCCGCUGAUCCAGAAUUCGAAAAGUGAUCCAAUCAGUUUGGACAUUGAUUUCAUUGACAGUACCAAUGAACCAACUGAUGUGGUUAGUAGCACUAUUCAGGUCAAUUCGCUACAUCCAUCUCCUACCAAGUAA